CUUCCGUUUUCUUUUUUUCCCGCAAAUUAAUAGUGGCGCCACGAGCGUACAACGAUAUAUCGAUUAGUUGACAUUGUUUAUCGUGUGAUUCAAUUGAAAAGUUUUGUAAAAAGUAUCGGAACAGAAUUUAUCCUUCGUUAUUUUAGUUAUCUUUGGUUAAAAUUAAAAUCAUUCGUAAUGUCGAUUAUACCAUUGUGGCCGAGUUUAAGACCAAGAGCAACGGAUCCUUUAUGGUUUGAUGCUGACAGUCCCAUUGACGAGGAAUCUGAAGUAGCUGCCUUGGAAGCAGAACAUCAAGCAUGGAGAGAACAUGUCCGUGUUCAAGGAUACGAUCAUAUACCGAUCGGGAAAACUGUCAGUGAUUUUAGAGGAUCAGAGGAAGAAGAAGAAGAAGAAGAAGAGGAAGAGGGUGACGGGGAGGAGGAGGAAGAGUCGGACACCCAUGAAGAAGAAGAAGAAGAAUUAGAUGAAAUAGACAUGGAAGUGAGCUAUCCUCAUCAACCUCAAAGAUCUAGUCCAACGGACACAGUGACAGAUCCUGUGUCCAUAAGAGUGGUCAACAGUGUCAACGCGCAUACUCCUCGUUAUACUUAAUUAAGAUAUUGCAUUUCCUGAUUAACGCGACUGAUCGGCUCUUUUAGCUUACGUCCCGUUUAAUUUCUAUCUAGGAAGAAUAAUUAACGUAAUAGGAAUAGAAAACGAAAAAUGAACUAAAAGAAAAGGAAAGUUAACUAUUUAUCUUUAAUCGAACUAACGCAUUUAAUAUAUCCGUUAAUAAAACUUCAUCUAUACGGUGUGUACAUAA